AUGGGGUCGUCCUCCCCGGCGGUGGGAGUGGCAAUGGCGGCGGAGGCAGCGAGGGCGCACGUGGAGCGAAUCCGGCGGGAACGGUUCUACAUCGGGCGGGAGGAGCGGAACCCGCUGGCGGAGGACAUCCACCAGGCAGUCAGCUACCUCUCUGAGGAACUCUACUCCAAGGACGUCCAUUUCCUCAUGGAGCUCAUCCAGAAUGCAGAAGACAAUGACUAUCCAGUGGAUGUGGAGCCAUCACUGGAGUUUGUCAUAACAAAAAAGGAUAUUACUAGUACAGGAGCUGACUUAACACUUGUCGUCUUCAAUAAUGAAAAGGGUUUUUCUGCAUUAAACAUUGAAUCCAUUUGUAGGAUUGGAAAAUCAACUAAGAAAGGAAACAGACAUCUUGGCUAUAUUGGUGAAAAAGGUAUUGGAUUCAAAAGUGUAUUUCUAGUAUCAAGUCAGCCCCACAUCUUCAGCAAUGGGUAUCAGAUAAAAUUCAGUGAAAAACCAUCAGUAAAUUGUGAUAUAGGGUACAUCGUCCCUGAAUGGGUUGAUGGAAAGCCAAGUCUUGAUGACAUACAAGCAGUUUAUGGCUGUUCCAAAAGACUUCCUACAACAACCAUUAUCUUACCUCUGAAGACUGAUAAGAUACUCGCUGUGAAGAAUGAACUUUCUAGCACACAUCCUGAAAUUCUUCUGUUUCUUUCCAAAAUUAGGCGGCUAUCUGUCAGGGAAAUGAAUGAUGAUCCAAAGGCCAGCAAGAUUAACCAGAUUUCCAUCUCCAGUGAAGUGGAAUACAAGAUGAGAAAGGAUAUUGAUGCAGAGUCUUACACUGUACAUCUAGCUAUACAAGAAAAUGGCAAGGGGAAAGAAGAUGAGUGCACCUACUAUAUGUGGAAGCAGAAGUUUGCUGUCAAGCCUGAGUGUAGAGUCCAGAAAAGAAUAGAAGUAGAUCAAUGGGUAAUUACCUUGGCAUUUCCUCAUGGACAGCGACUGAACAACGGAGCACGGUCACCUGGCAUGUAUGCCUUCCUUCCUACAGAGAUGGUGACGAAUUUGCCAUUCAUUAUACAAGCUGAUUUUCUUCUGGCUUCAUCCAGAGAGUCUAUUUUGUUUGACAAUAAAUGGAAUCGUGGUAUACUUGACUGUGUUCCUUCAGCUUUUGUCAAUGCUUUUGGAGCUCUCCUGAAAUCAUCCAGCAACGCCCCACUAUUUGCAUUGCCACCAAUUUUCAGAUUUCUGCCAAUUCAGGCCUCUCCCAUAAUGCUAUUUGAUUCGAUCAGGCAGUCCAUAAAAACCAAGGUUACUGCAGAGGAUAUAAUACCUUGCGAGUCCUAUACUACAGAGAAGAUCUUCUGCAAACCAACUGAGGUAUCACGGUUGGAUAGAGCAUUUUGGAGAAUUCUGAACAUGGCUCAGAAGCAAGGAAACAAUCUGCAGAAUCUGUCAUUGCAUGGCACUUUUAUCCUGAGCUCCUAUCUUGAUUGCCAAGAGUAUGAUGAUGUAUUAAGGUUUCUAGGUAUUGGAUAUGCCAAUUAUGGAUGGUAUGGUAAGUUCAUUGAAGGGUCGAAUCUUGUGAAAGAGGGGCCAGAAGAGGUUUAUGUGGAACUUCUAUCCUUCAUUGCUGAAAAUUGGCAGACCAAGUUUUCUAAUACACACAUGAAGCAUGCACCCCUCAUUAAAUGUGUCAGCGGAAAUGGAAGUCUGUCAUAUUACAGUGUACAAUAUAUGAGCACAACUUCUUUAUGCAUCUGUCUAGCCCCUAAUGUGAAUGACCUAUCCUGGUUAAUUUGCUGGAACAAGGAAUUAUCAGCUGCCUCUGGUCUGUUCUUUAUGCCCUUAAUUACACAAAAUUCUCUCAAUGUCCUCUGUAGAAGAAACAUCAUGGAGUGGCUUCGAAAUGUUGCACGCUUAAAUUUUUUCACUCUGUAUGAAUAUGCUGUUCUUGUUGCAAAGGCACUUCACACGAGAAGGCUAGUUCUUGUGUAUUGCCACUUCCUUCAUCAUUCACAUGAAAAGAAAUACAUAACUGAUGGGAACAUCAGGCAGUUGUGCAAUGCAAUGCCAGUUGUAGAUAACAAUGGGUGUCUGAUAAAUGAAAGAAAUUCUUUACUUGUUCUGGCUAAAGGGAGCAAUUGGGCUGCUUUGAUGGUGUCAAAUCCUUGGAAAGCUCAAAAGUACAUAGAGUUGUCUGCUGAUUACAGCUGUGCAGGAACUUACGCCGGAUAUUGUACAUCUGAAGGUCAGCUCAUCACAUUGUUGAGGACCUACGCAAAAGCAAUUGAUGUCCCUUUUUUGCGCCCACCUAACGCCAGUUUCCCCAGUGCCUCUAAACCUUUGACUGUGGAGAAUGCACUGUUACUUCUGCAGUGGAUUAGAAACCUAAUAUCAAGCGGUAUCCAGCUACCCCAACACUUCUUGAACUGUCUUAGGAAUGGAAAAUGGGUGAAGACAUCCAAUGGUUACAAUGCUCCAUCUGGGUCGUUCUUGACAAGUGAUGAGUGGGGUAACUUGCUUCAAACUCAAUCUGCUUCUGUUGUUGUACCCAUGAUUGAUCAAGAGUUUUAUGGAAACAAAAUAAGUGCUUACAAGGUUGAGCUGGGAGCACUCGGAGUGCUCUUUGAGCUAUCAGAUGCACUGAAAUAUAUUGGCAACAAGUUAAUGCCAAUAGACACGACUAGCACCCUUUCUCAGGCCAGCUUGUUUUCACUUCUUAAAUUUAUUAGAUAUCUGAAUGAAAAUCACGUGACACCUGUUCAUCUAAUUGAGAGAAUAAAAAAUGGUUGCUGGCUUAAGACUUCUGUCGGCCACAGGUCCCCUGUAGGUUCCAUCCUCUUUGAUUUGGAAUGGGAAUCUGCAUCCGCUGUUAGUAGUUUACCAUUUGUUCAUUCCGACUUCUAUGACGAUGACAUAUUUGGCUACAAGCAAGAACUUGAGCUACUGGGAGUUCUCACUAGCUUUAAGCAGAAUUACCAGUUGAUCAUUGACAACUUCAAGUAUCCUACAUGUUCAGUUUCAAGUAGUGUUGCCAUCUUCAUGCUUAGGUGUGUCCGAUAUGCUGCAUAUCCUCAAAAUUUUCUGAAAAGGCUGCAAGAAUGGAAAUGGCUGAAGACUAAUGUUGGUUUCAGGGCUCCUACAGAAACUUUCCUUGUUGAUGAUAAAUGGAAAUGUAUUCUGAGAAUUGUUGAUGAAGUACCCCUUGAUCUGGAUUACUAUGGAGAUGAAAUCAGGCCAUACAUGGUGGAGUUAAAGAAGGCUGGUCUAGUUACUGACUUAGAAGAGAAGCAAUUCAAUAGGGUGUAG